AUGGAGGAAGAACUGAAAUGCCCAGUUUGUGGCUCAUUUUUCCGGGAACCCCUGAUCCUACCUUGCUCACACAAUGUGUGUCUUCCUUGUGCUAGGACCAUUGUAGUGCAGACUCCCGAGAGUGAGCAUCUGCCCCAUACUGCCCGCCCAAUGAUGUUAAUGGGGGCAGAUUAUGAUUACCCGGACCAUCUGGAUAAAAUGAGCCUACAUAGCGAGACAGAUAGUGGCUACGGCUCUUAUACUCCUAGCCUCAAAUCACCCAAUGGUGUAAGAGUAUUGCCUCCGGCACCAGCACCAUCCUUGGCCGGAGCUUCGGGAGCAUCUUCUAGGGGACUUCAUGGAAACCUGUGCAGCUCCUCCUCCAUUACUUGUCCGCAGUGCCACCGAAGCGCAUCCCUGGAUGAGAGAGGGUUGCGUGGCUUCCAGCGCAACCGUUUGUUGGAGACUAUAGUGCAAAGGUACCAGCAGGAGCGUGGUCAAGUGCCAGGAGCAGAGGGCAACGGGGUAUCGGAUGGAGCCACUGGUGGAUGUAGUGCCAACAUGAGGUGUCAACUGUGUGAUACAAAUCCAGCAGAGGCUGCUGUCAUGUGUGAGCAAUGUGAUGUCUUAUAUUGCUCUUCCUGUCAGAAAAAAUGUCACCCUACUCGGGGCCCCUUUGCCAAACACAGACUGGUGUCACCACCACAGCUAACUGCUUCUGGAAGUGGCACACUCAAGCAGGGCAGUACUGCUUUGGCCCCACCCAACACUGCACGUAGAUUCCCCACCUGUGCGGAUCAUGAGCUAGAGAACUACAGUAUGUACUGUCUAAAUUGCAGGAACCCAGUGUGCUACCAGUGUCUUCAGGGGGGCAAGCAUGCCAAGCACGAGAUGAAAGCACUUGGUAUCAUGUGGAAGCAACACAAGGCGCAGUUAUCACAAGCAUUAAGUGGAGUUUCUGAUAAAGCAAAAGAAGCCAAAGAAUUUUUGGUUCAGUUAAAGAACAUACUGCAACAAAUACAGGAAAAUGGACUGGAAUAUGAAGCGUGCCUGGUUGCUCAGUGUGAUGCACUAGUUGAUGCAUUAAACCGUCAAAAAGCAAAAUUGCUCACCAAAGUCACUAAAGAACGAGAACAUAAAUUCAAGGUUGUCUGGGAUCAGAUAAAUCAUUGCACAUUAAAACUACGGCAGUCGACUGGAUUAAUGGAAUACUGCCUUGAAGUGAUCAAGGAAAAUGACCCCUCAGGAUUUCUGCAGAUCUCUGAUGCUUUGAUAAAGCGAGUUCAAGGGUCUCAGGAACAAUGGGUAAAAGGAGCUUUGGAACCCAAAGUAUCUCCAGAAUUUGAUCUUACCCUGGACAAUGAUCCAUUGCUGCAGGCCAUUCACCAACUGGAUUUUAUUCAGAUGAAAUGUAAGGUGCCCCCAGUACCACUGCUGCAAUUGGAGAAGUGCUGCACUAGAAAUAACAGUGUGACGCUAGCUUGGAGGAUGCCACCUUUUACCCAUAAUCCUGUUGAAGGAUAUAUUUUGGAACUUGAUGAUGGAGAUGGUGGCCCUUUUAGGGAAGUUUACGUUGGCAAAGAAACCUUGUGCACCAUUGAUGGACUUCACUUUAACAGCACUUACAAUGCAAGAGUUAAGGCUUUUAAUUCUACUGGACUAGGACCAUACAGCAAAACUGUUGUACUACAGACAUCUGAUGUGGCUUUUUUUACGUUUGACGCCAACUCUGCGCAUCGAGACAUUGUGUUGUCCAAUGAUAACAUGACAGCAACUUGUAGCAGUUAUGAUGAUAGAGUGGUACUGGGCACAGCUGCAUUCUCCAAGGGCGUUCAUUACUGGGAGAUACAAGUGGACCGUUAUGACAACCAUCCUGAUCCAGCUUUUGGUGUUGCUAGAAUUAAUGUGGUGAAGGACAUGAUGCUGGGGAAAGAUGACAAAGCCUGGGCCAUGUAUGUCGACAAUAAUAGAAGCUGGUUUAUGCACUGCAAUUCUCAUACAAACAGGACAGAAGGUGGUGUAAGUAAAGGAACUGUUGUUGGCAUUCUUUUGGAUCUCAACAAGCGCAUUAUAAAAUUUCAUAUCAACGGAAAACAGCAGGGUCCCAUAGCUUUUGAGAAUAUUGAAGGAGUGUUCAUGCCAGCGAUGAGCCUCAAUCGAAAUGUGCAGGUGACUCUUCACACAGGACUCGAGGUGCCCAUGUUCUUAAGACAAACCAAGACACCAAACUGAGAACAAAACAUUGGAAUUGGGUCUCUCUCUAGUUCGCUGUUCUUUUGUAUUGAUGCGCUUAACAGUAUCAUCAGCUGAAGAAGAAAAAUUAUAAUCCAAUCAUAUAAGAGGAAACACAAUUUCUGUUUUAAUUUUAAAUCUUUGGUGGCACAUAUGUCUUUUACUGGCCGCAUAUUAUAGAAAAGGCAGGAAGGACUAAUCGCUAUAUACAGCAGACAUAAGAUCAAUCGCUAUUCUAACAAAUCACCAAAUGCCUCUGUCAUUGUAUACGAGUGAGCUUAAGUGAUUUAUUGUAUAAGAAUGGCUAAACUAUUUAACAUAUUAAAUCAACUUUAAAUUGA